AUGCUGAAGGGGAGUCUCUCCAGUCAUUGCUUUCAGAAUGGGAUAAUCCUGUUUUUGUUCCCUGCCCAGAGAUUGCUGUUGAUGUGACCAGCAGUCAGGCUGACAAUCUGGCUGUGAAAAUUCACAAUAUCUUGUAUCCUUAUCGUUUCACCAAAGACAUGGUACAUUCGAUGCAGGUUCUUCAGCAAGUGGACAAUAAAUUUAUCGCUUGUUUAAUCAACACUAGGAACGAAAUGGAUGAAAAGGCAGAUGGAAACCUCUUGAUUUUGGUGGAUCAACAUGCAGCUCAUGAACGGAUCCGCUUGGAGCAGCUUAUUGCAGAUUCCUAUGAUAAGGAAGCUGCAGCAUGUGGCAAGAAGAAAUUACUGUCCUCCUCCAUCUCUCCCCCUUUGGAGAUUGAAGUUACAGAAGAACAAAGAAGAUUUCUACGAUGCUGCUACAAAAAUUUGGAGGACUUGGGUCUUGAAUUGUCAUUUCCUGAGACCAACAGCUCCUUGAUUCUAGUGAGGAAAGUGCCACUGUGUUUUAUAGAGAGAGAAGCCAAUGAAUUACGACGGAAAAGACAACCUGUCACUAGAAGCAUUGUGGAGGAGCUUAUUCAAGAACAAGUUGAGCUAGUGCAGACCACAGGAGGAAGAGCACGAGGGACACUGCCUCUGACGUGUCUGAAGGUGUUAGCUUCCCAGGCCUGUCAUGGAGCUAUUAAGUUUAAUGAGUGGUUGACUUUGGAGGAGAGCUGCAGGCUCAUUGAAGCUUUGUCAUCUUGCCAGCUGCCCUUCCAGUGUGCUCAUGGAAGACCUUCCAUGAUGCCUCUUGCAGACAUAGACCACCUACAGCAGGAAAAGCAGCCUAAACCUAACUUGGCUAGACUGCGGAAGAUGGUGCGAGCAUGGCACUUAUUUGGAAAGAAAAGACCCUAAUCAAAAAAAGUUAAGGCUGCAAGCUGCAACCACUAGAAGUGUUGGUGUGAUCCACAUCCCCCUGUUGUUAGACAAUACCCCGUGUGGCGCCAAGCUUCUGAGCCAGUGCGGUCACCAAAGCUCUGCUCAGAGUACUGACCUAAGAAGCAGAGAGCAGCCAGGAGAACGUGGCAGGAGGAGCCCACCCUUGUAGCCUGGGGAAGUGUCUUCAACGUUAAGGAAUUACAUUGUAAGCCUGGGCCUUAUGUCAGUGCUUGACUAUCGGAGGCAAGAAGUUGUAGCCACUCGCAGUUACUAAAGUGCUUUUUGUUUGUAAGCACAGCAUGAUUCUGCAUAAUAGAGAGACUUUUAAUUAAUGUAUUUUAUAGUGCUUUGAAAAUGAGGAGGUAUUUAUUAAUAAAGUUUACAUUAAACUC